CGUUUUACCCUCUUUACCUUUCUCUACUUUUGUCUAUCAAUCCAUCUCUCUAUUUUACAGCCUCUGUCCAUUUUUACUUGUCCACUGUACUAAAAAUUAAUGUUAACUUUGAAAAAUCAGAUAAUUUAUCAUUUUAUAUCUAUUUUAUCCUUAUUAUUAAUUAUUAGGUUGGAAACUUCAACUAAUUGUUAGUGGCUGCACAACUAUUAAAGUGUAUUUGAUAGAUUUCAAUUAUUUAGAUGAUUUAUAAUAAUUAGGGGCAAAAUUAUCAUUUUAUUUAUUGCUCUUAAAGGGUGUAUCAAGUCAAGUCAAACAUGGACAAGUAAAAUUGGACGGAUGGAGUACGGGGCUAGCUAAUUCUAAAUGUCAAAAAAUUGGAUCCCUCAAAUUAAAGUUGUUCAUUGUUUUUUUUUUUUUGAAGAUAUUUGGGAAGUGCAAAAAGGGUAUAAUUUGUAAUUAAGAUCAUACUUUUAUGAUUUAAAACCACGGAAUUGAAGUUUAUAUUUCACUUGCAUUGUCUUUUGAAACCCUUAAAUAAAUGGAGGGAAAUGAAACAUACCACUGUGUACUAUCAGCAUUUAUUUUCUUGAAGCUCUUAAAUUGAUCCUUUCAUACUAGUAGUUGUAGCAGUACCCUUGUAGUUUAUUGUCUUUCGAUUUCUACGAUUAUCUGGUGUUUCUUGUGCUUCGAUUAUCGUAUUCAUUUGUGGUAAUUGUUUUAUAAAGUAUUUUGCCCUGACCUUUUAUACUGCUUUGAAUUGCUUGUUUUUAUGCCGAGGGUUUACUAGAAACAGCAUCUCAACCUCCCAAGGUAGGGGUAAGAUCAGGGUACACUCUACUCUCCCAAACCCCACUUUGUGGGAUUUCACUGGAUAUGUUGUUGAAGCUCUUAAACUGAUAGAAGUAAUAGUAUUUUCCACUGUGUAUAGUCACAAUGUAUGUGCAUUUUCUUUUCAAGCCCGUGCAUUUUCUUUUCAAGCCCAUGCAUUUUGUAAAUUUUCUUUUGCAAUUCGUUUUCCCUAAAACAAAAUUCGUGUUUUUUGCCUAAUUCAUUGUGUUGGAACCUGUUAAACUUUAAUUAAUAUAUUGCGGUUUGAUUACCAGAACCGAACUAUAUUGAUUUCUAUUAAUCCUGCAGCUUGGUGUCCUUGUUGAGUUCAAUAUGGUUGUAAUGUUCUCUGUGAGAUUGUCUCGAAAUCAUUCAGUACUGUUGUUCCUCAUAAAUCUCACAAUACUAAAGUGAAACAGGCUAGCUUUUGAUGUCAUUGGUAACUCUAUUAAGUGUAAUAUUUUUCAUUGCAUGUUAUGAAAUUAAGAUGUGGAGGUCUGUCAUGGUAAUAUCAGAACCUCAUACAAUAUACCUAGGCUUUAUGACCUUGAAUAGAUUUCAUUCGCAUCAUUUGCUGUUUUCAUUAGAAUGAUAACCACAUACUUCAGACUCUAAUCUAAAAUGGAGCCAUUUAUUUCUGACCCUUUCCGUUUAGAAGUUCGUCGACACAUUCUCUCCAACAUAGAGAUCAGGUAUUGUUCUAAGGAUAAACAAUUCCUCCAAUGUUUUUUACCAAGAAAAUGGAAACAACAUAGAAUGAGAUGUGGUUUGUUAAAUGUGCUAUAAAGUUUCUGAUACAAAAUUUGAACUGUACUGCUUUUACUACAACAUUGUUUAUAUCUAGGCUAAAACUUCUUGUUGUUAUACUAGUCUUUCGGUUAUUUAUGCUUACCAACCCUUUUAAAUGAUUUAUCCUCUCCAUAGGGCCCAAUAUCUAUAGAGUGUCUUUUCCUGUCAAUUUUCUAGUCCCAAUAAUGCCAAAUAAAUUCCGCCUCAUGUUUGUUUCUUAGCAGUUAUCACUCAGUCUCUUGUGUUGCUGCUUUAUGAUUGAUUGUUAUGGGCUUUGGAACAAUUAUAUUGGCUUGUAUCUUGGAAACAGAGAAAACCUUCCAAUGCUUGGUUCUUGUUUAUUUGAUGUUGUUAUCCAUGACAUAUAGCUGUCUUUUUUCUUCUUUUUCCUAGAAGAUUAAUCUGUAUCUGGGAAGAUUGGCAGUCGACUUGAAGUUGGGUUUGAGCUACAAUUAGUAUCAUGUCCCAGUAUGCUCCAGAUGUGUCCAAAUAUUGGAUGGAUUUGCCGAGGUAUAGCCAAGAGUAUAUUAAUGGUGUUCAAUGUUUCUUGGACUUUGCUUACACGGCUGGAGAUCCUCAAGGCGAAGAAAUUCAAUGUCCUUGUGCAAAGUGUUGUAAUAUCCCUUGGUAUCGAAGGAACAUAAUAUAUGAUCAUCUAAUAUGCUAUGGAUUCGUUCAAGGUUAUACAAGAUGGAUUAAUCAUGGGGAAUGGAGUAACUUUGGUGGUGAAUCAGUGACAACGAGUUAUCUAAAAAUAGACGAAGAAAUUAGCAAAUUCAAACACCAAUAUGCUGAGGAUGUUGCUUCUUUAAGAAGUGACAUACAAAAAUUGAAGGAAGAAGUGCUAGAAUUACGACAUUUUAUGAACACAUUGGUGCAAAACAACUGUGUAUUGGACAUUCAGGAUGUGGCAGAGUAUGCUGGAUCUAGUCUACCAGCUGAUGCAAAUAGUGCAGGGGACGUGAGAGACCAAAAUCUUUCACAUUCACCAGGAUCAAUUCAUGUUCUGAGUCAUAAAAAGAUGUAACUAAUGUACCUAGUUACCUACAGAGUGGCCGGAGGGAAAUGUCCAAUGUAUUCUCACAAUACCUUUGAAUUGAUAGAGCUUGGAAGACUAAUCUGGGUGCGCAUCAUCUGCGACAGAAAAAUUCAACGAAGGACCAAGAAAUUGUUAGACUUAUGAUGUAAGUUUUCAGAAUGCGAAGACUGUUAAAUUGUACUUUCACCUACUUUUUAACUUGAAAUCCCAAAGACUUCUUGUGGUGGACCAUGGCAAAUUCCAGUGAUGUUGUUUAUGUACUUGUUAAUUUUAAAUUCUGUUUCAAUGCGUGAUUGAUUUUACUUGAUUGCCCAUUCAUAUAAGAGUGAGUAGCUAUCAAGAGUUUUUCUGGUCUAGAGCAUGGCAAAUUUCUAUAUUGGGGAUGACAGUUAAGAGUUAAUUUCUAUAUUGGGCAAAAUCUCUCUUAUCAUUUUCUUUUCGCUCACUAUCAUCAUUUAUGACACUUAUAGCAUUAUUCCUCAGAAUA